AUGUUCAGAUGGCGUAGAUUCUCCACGAAUCUAUUUUUGGUCACCGCCGCUGUCGGGGCUUUCAUAUUUACGGUUAGACAGAUUGAACACAGAUUCUCCAAGCCGGGUCAUCACGGCUACCAUUCUGAGCAUCCGAAAUUCCGGAAACCAGACUAUGUAUCGCACAUCGAUUGUCGAAGAUUAUUCGAGAAGGAUGAGAAAUAUUUGGAAAGCUUGCUCUAUACGAAUAAACUGAUCAAGAGAUCGUUGGAUAACAAGCUGCUGCCGAGGAUCGUGGCAAAGGAAGAACCAUUCGAAGACAGCUGUCGAAAACUUCGAGAUCGAAUUAUUGGCGACCACCCGGCGCCGUAUCUGAAUUAUUCAAUAGCUUUUGCGAGGAAUAUUUAUGCGGACUACGAAUCGCUCCAAAUUCUUCUCACGGCUACAUAUAGUCCGGAAAAUCAUUAUUGCUAUCAUGUCGAUGUCAAAGCCACUCAAAAAUUUAAGGAUCAGAUCGCGAAAUUGGAGCAAUGCUUUCCAAAUAUAUAUGUGACUAAAGAACAAUACAACGUCACCAGCGACGGCAAAAACAACAACAUUGCGCACUUGAAAUGUAUGGAAAUACUGCUGGAAAAGCCUGGAUGGGUGCACUUGAUUUUACUACAGGCUCACGACCUGGUGGCGCACACCAAUUCCGAGUUGAUGAAGAUGCUCAAGCUUCUAAACGGGACUAACGAUUCAAAUCUUAGUGGCAUGUUAUGGAAUCGAGUACCGCCGGGUCUAUCUUUCGACGUUAAAGACUUAAAUUUGUGGACAAAUUACACGACUCUAACCUUCGACGAGCGCAAAAAUGCUAGGCUAGAAUUUGCAAAGGGCCUGGAAGAAGCCACUUAUAUAAGGCCGGCCAUCCAAUGGUUAGUCAAAGAAAUCAAUGUCACGACACUGAUGGACCAUUUUAAUAACGGACACCACUCUGUCGAUGAGCAGCUAUUUGCUACGCUUUUGAACUCCGAAACGCUACGAAUGCCAGGAGGAUACCACAGCGCGUGCAUGAAAAAUCGACCUGAUGGCUUCUUUACUUAUAUAACAAGACAUACGCGAUGGUCUUUCGAGGGACAUAAAAAUUGCAAUGAGCGGCAUAUGAUAUGUUUGUACGGGAUUGAGGAUUUACAGGAUGCUAGACUCACCGCCCGUCGUGUCAUCUCCCUCAACAAGUUCAUCGGGUCCUUCGAUUUUGCAGCAAUCACGUGUAUGGCCGAGAGUUUGUUUAAUAGAACGCAUGGAGGCGAUGAAUAUUUUGACGCCGAGCAUAUCGCCAAUCACUCAGGGAAUCGCUAUCAACGGGCCACCCGGCUGCCGGGCUUUGAUCUCAAGAAUUUCACUUGGAUUCCUGAGGGGGCCUAUGGGCUGGGUGAUAAGCAACGGCAGCAGGAUUUUGCGCCCCCUGGAGCUAUGGCUAAAUUAAUUUUACUAAUUUGUGCGUUGACGCUGGUGGGAGGAGCCGCCGCUCAAUGCCCUUCAAACUGGACCCAAAUUUCGAAUCAAUGCGUUUGGUAUUCCGGUAACACUUACAGGAGCUGGGACGACUCGCAAGCGUAUUGCAAAUCCGUCGGUGGGCAGCUGGCCGGCAGCUACAACAAGUCGAUUUUGCCGCAGUUGCAGAAACUUGUUACUGCGCCGUUAUAUCCGGCGUGGACCGGCCUUUUCCGACCCAAUGCCACGGCUAGCUGGAAGUUCAUCGACAAGACAUCGGCCCUGUAUUUAUCUGGACAAUGGGCUCCAGGUCAACCUGCCGCCGGCACGGGCAAUUGUGGAGGCGUCCAAACCACUGGACUUGCCGCUAUUAGCUGUAAAUAUGUUCAACCCUUCCUCUGCUCCCAGAAGAUUGCUACCUGCCCGAGUAAGAACUACACGACAAGCACCGGAACUGUGACUUCACCGAAUUACCCUUUGAAUUAUGCGAAUAAUGAGCACUGCCGACAAUACAUCGUUGCACCCGCUGGAUACUACGUGACGCUGACGUUUAACGCGUGGCUUGUCGAAAAGAAUUACGACGUGGUCCUCAUCUGGGAUGGUUAUGCCCCGAACGUCAACGCCCAGCUGAUCGCCAACAUCAGCGUCGACCCAACCAAUGCCACCGUUUCUCAAUACAAAGACGGAUUCCAGACCUAUUCCAACAUCAUGACCAUCGAGUUCAUCAGCGACAGCAUCGUCAACUACAAGGGCUGGUCAGCGUCGUAUAAGAUGUUGGCUCCACAAGUUCCGGUCUACCAAAACGGUUCCUCCGGCACGAUGAUCAGCCCGAAUUACCCCGGCCAGUACAUGAACAACCUCGAGCAGUAUUAUCAGGCCGUCGCGCCGGACGGCAUGCAGAUCUGCACCAGCUUCAGCUACUUUGACACCGAGCUAAACAAGGAUCGGCUGGAGAUGUAUGAUGGGCCAAACUCGACAUAUCCGCUGAUUGGAAACUUCUCCGGCCACUCGGUCGCACUCCCCUCAACACGCCAAACUACCGGGAACGUGUUGACAAUGUUCUUCUACACCGACUACUCCCUUGUCUACAAGGGGUUCAGCAUGGAUUGGGGUGUUUGC